AUGAGGAACCUUGUUGUGCUAGGCGGAGCUUCUAUCUCCAACCUCACCAAAUCUAUUUGCAAGAACUUAACGCUUGAUGUUGGCCAGGUAGACCUGAAAAAGUUCUCCAACGGAGAGACUUCCAUCGAGAUUAGAGACUCUGUGCGUGAGAAGGACGUCUUCAUCAUACAGAACGGUUCUGGUGAUGUCAAUGACAACUUUCUUGAGCUUCUCAUAUUGGUUUCGGCAUGUAAGAUCUCCAGUGCAAGGCGUGUCACUGUUGUGCUCCCGUUUUUCCCAUAUUCGAGACAACCAGAAAACCCACGGGUAGCGAUGGAUGCAAGGGAAACACUACCCACUGCUCCAGGUCUUUCUCAUUUUUUGAGCAAACCUAAACAGAUCAUCACUAACUCAGCUGCCCCAAACAACUUGGGUGCCGUGGAUGAAAACGGCAGAGACGAAAGUGGCUAUAAACAGUGGGUCAGUAGCAACGGUACUUUAGUUGCGAACUUAUUGAUGACGGCUGGUGCAGACAGAUGCAUGACGAUGGACUUGCAUGAUCCACAGUUUCAGGGAUUCUUUGACAUUUCCGUGGAUAACUUGUACCUGAUGCCACUUUUCAAGAGAUACAUAGUGGACUACAUUCCCAACUACAAGGAGUGCGUCAUUGUGUCACCAGAUAGUGGAGGAGCCAAGAGAGCUACCGCCAUUGCAGAUGCCUUGGGAUGUUCUUUUGCAUUGAUUCAUAAGGAAAGAAGAAUCAAAGUUGCUCCCCAGACCAUCGGCUCUCCGAUUCUUUCUGCUACAGUGUCUAUGAACCAGACUAACUCCACAACGGAGAUGGUAAACUCAUCUAUGCUAGUGGGAGAUGUCAAGGACCGUAUAUGUGUGUUGAUCGACGACAUUGCUGAUACUUGUACCACCAUCACUAGAGCAGCGCAGCUUUUAAAGAGCACGGGUGCCUCCAAGGUGUACUGUCUUGUUACCCACGCUAUUUUCAGUGGAGAUGGCCUUGAGAAAGUUCUUAUAUCGGACAUUGACAAGUUUAUCACCACUAACAGUAUUCCUCAGACUACCAACAGUGUCUUCCUCGGUCCAGACCGGUUUGAGGUUUUGGAUGUUUCCAGGAUCUUUGCUGAAGCUAUCAGAAGAAUCCACAACGGUGAAUCUGUGUCGAUGUUGUUUGAUCAUGGAUGGUAA